UCGGAAAUUAUGAUGGUGCUGAAAGUAGAUGCGACUUAGAUGAGACCGUGAAUACUGCGACACGUUCAUCACCUAAUAUCAUCGACCUACCCUCUGUGUGGCCUUCAGGCUGAGCUAUCGAGCCGGCUUGCAGACGCCAGCUUCUCGGUGACAUUGAAAGUCCGCGUUCAAUAUCGGUGACUUCCACCAGAUUGGCCAGCAAUCCUCCAGUGUUUCCACGUGACGGCUGAGCAGCUCUGCGCCUCCUGACAUGAGGCAAGGCAGCAAUCGAAAAACUAUGCGAUAAUCCACAUGGCCAGACAAUCGACCGUGCUACACUUGUCGGCCCUCGAGAACCUUUCUGUAAUUUCAGAUUCAAGCUAUCGUCAACAAAGAUGGAUGAGAAGCUCCCGCUGAACGUCGUGAUUGUUGGCGGCUCCAUCGCCGGUCUGAUGCAUGGCAUAAUGCUAACAAGACGCGGCCAUCACGUCCGCAUACUUGAGCAGUCGACUGAUAACAUUCGCCACGGCCAGGCUGCAGGGAUUCGAGCGGGCCCUGAGGUACAACGCUUCCUGAAAGAAUUCGAUCAAUACAAAGCUCAGCCUUACGCUCUGGACUGCCCGGGCAUGCAAUUCAUCAACAAUAAGAGCGAAUACAAGCGUUUCAUCAACUUUCCCAUGCAACAGACAUCCUGGACCAUGCUGUAUUAUCGUCUGCGAGCCAACUUCGAUGGCCUUGUAAGCAAGCAUUGUCCAAAUGCGGCGAGAAGUGGAACGGGAGAAGCGAUCUAUGACCUCGGGAAACAACUUGUUUCCUUGACGGAGCGGAAUAGCCAGGUCGAGGUUGAGUGCAAAGAUCUGAGCACAGGCAAGACUCUUUCUCUCGUGGCGGAUCUAGUCAUCGGAGCCGACGGCUCCCACUCUGCGGUCAGGCGCAACUUCUUCCCUGCUCAACGAGGGCAAGACCGCCCUUAUGCGGGUUACCUGGCUUGGCGAGGAGGCGUGCUCGAGUCCGAGGUGUCUGAUGAGACAAGGAGCCUUUUAAAGAACAACUUUACCGUGUUCAAGAUGCCGAAGAACUACAUCCUUGUUUACACCAUCCCUGGGUCGGAUGGUGGUAUGGAACCAGGUCAGCGUAUACUGAACUUCGUAUGGUAUCACAACUGUCCCGACGAGGGUGACUUCCGCAGUAUCAUGACCGACACUGCUGGAGUUGUGCAUCGCACCACUCUCCAACCCGGUAUGAUGCGACCUGAGAUCUGGAAGCAUCAGGUUCAAUUUGCCAAAGAUCAUUUGGCCGCGCCUUUUGUGGAGCUCGUCGAGAAGUCGGCCGAGCCUUUCGUGGCGGCCGUCAGCGAUAACCUCUGCGCAUCGGCUACUUUCCUGAACGAUAAGGUAAUCCUGGUCGGCGAUGCCCUUGCUCUUUUCCGCCCUCAUAUCGCGUUAAGUGCAAAUCAAGCUGCGUACGAUUGUCUUGAGCUUCAGAAGGUUCUUGAUGGGCAAUCGACAAUGGCAAAGUGGAACAGAAAGGUCUUGUGGUAUGGAGAAGCGACAAGACAAUUGAGCAUCGUUUCAGGAAGCUUCUCUCAGUUUGGCGGGUGGCCGCUCGUCAAGAGCGUAGCGGUGUAUGGUUUUGUGUUGUCAAAGCACAAGGUCUUGAGUUUUUAUCAUGCACUCUUUUAGCUUUCAACAUACCACUCCUUGCAAUAUUAUCUCCACAUAGUCUUGAAACACAACUUUCGAUACCCUUGC